AUGUAUCAAGACACACUAAGCUGCAAUUUUGACCCAAUCUCCAUCCCAGAAUCUGCAGCAGAGAGUAUACCCAACCACGACCCUCUCCCUCCUCUACCACCGCCGCCACAACCACCGCAAGUUCUGAUGGAUGAGCUAUCUUGUCAUCACCAUCACCAUAAUCAUCAUUCCUCCAUGGACAUCGAGCUCCAAAACGAACUUGGGUUCAAUGUGGAUAAUCCAAACAACACCACCACUGACCAUAACGACAAUAUCAACGAUUCCCAUUUGGUGUCCCUUGAGAACCCAACAAAUUUGGACGACAGUAUUCAUGGAGUCCAUGAUCAGAUACAGCAACAAUUCCCUGAUGGUACCACUUCUGCUACUUCUACGCCAUACCCACAACCACCUGACUUUCUCAACCUUUUCAGCUUACCCAGAUACUCCCCUUCCACUCUUCUCCAAAACUCAUCUACAACCUUCACAAACCCCGUCCCCAAAACCUCGAAUUUUCCGAGCACUUUGGGGUUCCUCGAAGACCUCCCCAGCGCGGUUGACACCCCACAAGGGAUGGCGUCUUCUCUUCUCUAUGACCCGCUUCUCCACUUGAACCUUCCUCCGCAGCAGCCAUUGUUCAGGGAGUCGCCUCAGUCUCUGCCACAUGGGUACACCUUGCCUGGCUCAGGAAACGGAUCAUUGUUCAGUAGCGGCGGCGAUGAGAAAGAGGGGAGUGGUGGGGGCAUUUACCCAGAUGAUGGCUCUAUGAACUCUAACAAUGGCACUAUUACUGAGUCUUUUUUUGAGGAUGGAGUUAUGGAGUUCUCCAGAGAAAUGGAUUCUAUUGGAAGAGGAAGAAAUCUCGAAGAGUCCAAAAACCUUGCCAUUAAUCGCGGUCGGAGACAGCAGUUGAAUGACAAGUUCUUCACCUUGAGGAAUUUGAUUCCCAACCCAACUAAGAAUGAUAAAGCAUCAAUCGUGGGAGAUGCAAUUGAUUACAUAAACGAGCUUCUGAGGACAGUGGAUGAGCUGAAAUUGCUGGUGGAGAAGAAAAGGUUUGGGAGAGAGAGGAUCAAGAGGCACAAAACUGAACAAGAUGGAGGUGCCCCCGGAGACGAUGAGAACUGCAACAUUAAGCCUCUUGGUGAGCGUCAUGACCACUCCUACAACAAUGGCUCUCUGAGGAGCUCAUGGCUUCAAAGGAAAUCCAAAUACACCGACGUCGAUAUCCGCAUUAUCGAAGAUGAAGUUACCAUCAAACUGGUGCAGAGGAAGAAGAUCAACCUGUUGCUGUUUGUGUCCAGGCUUCUUGACGAGCUGCAGCUUGAUCUUCAUCACGUUGCUGGUGGCCACAUUGGCAAUUCCUAUAGCUUCUUGUUCAAUACCAAGAUGUAUGAAGGGUCUUGCUUGUAUGCAAGUGCUAUUGCUGGCAAGUUCAUUGAGGUUCUGGGUGGACAAUAUUCAGCAGUUCCACCUACCGGCAGUUAUUAGGAAGGCAUUAGAUGGUCCCUGGAUUAUUGUUUUAAGUCUUUUAAAUAGUAUCUUUUACUGAAAUGUUGGAGAGUUGGAUUGAGUAGUUCACUUGAAUAUAUUAUUGUGGUGUUUUCUAAAUUUUCUAGAGUCAGAAUAAGAAUAGUGUUG